AAUCCUUCAUUAUCCCCUAGCUCAUUCUCAUCUAUAACACUUUACAUAACAUAGGCAGCAUGUGGGUAUAAGUUAAAUUAAACUUCACAUCUACAAUACUUUUAAUUUAUUAUCAUUAAACACCAUUACGUGCAAGUAACCAUCCACCCCAUUUUAGUCUUUUAGCUGCAUCAAUAUCCCAUGCGCUGUGCGUCGUUUUGGAAGCUACCAUGUCUAGAGAUUAGCAUUGCUUAUUGUUGUGAUAACAUAGUACCGCUAUAACUAAUAGUGAAGUAUAUUGCAUAUAUUUCAUAAAAGGCACGUAAGUAAAGUUAAAGAUCUGUAUGGCUGUGGAGACUGUUUAUCAUCCAAACGGUGUUGCACAGUUGCUACACAUGAAGAGAGAGCGGCGGUUUCUUUCGAAGAGAAUAUGGGAUUUCAGUGAUGCCAUUAACCUGGGGAUACUCAUUUUGGGAAUUGCAGUGCUCUUAGUUGCUCCUUUUCACUUUACUUGGAGUGCACUUUGGGUUUCACUUGUAUUGCACUGGGUGACUAUACAUUUAGGCGUUACUCUUUGUUUCCAUAGAAACCUUGCUCACAAGAGUUUUAAACUCACAAAACCACUUGAAUACUUGUUUGCUUACUUUGGACUACAUGCUGCACAGAGAGACACUAUGUGGUGGGUUAGCGUGCACCGACACCACCAUCAAUUCACAGAUUCUGAUCGAGAUCCACAUAGUCCAGUUGAAGGAUUUUGGUUCAGCCACAUCAAUUGGCUCUUUCAUCACAACUAUAUUGAUGAAAAGGUUGGCACAACAGUCAUCAUGCCUUUGAGUUCUCCGCCCGGUUGGGGCUUGAAUGGUGGCAACUCGACAUGCCUUGGCACAUUAUAAAGCUACUCGAGUAUGUUGGAUUAGCAACAAAUGUCAAAGUCCCUACGGAGAUUCAGAAGUCAAAAUUGUCUUUCAAAAAUCAUUAUGCAUUUCGUCAAACUGAAAAGUUGCACUAAUUCAAUCUAUUUUAUACCUUUAGUAAAUGGCGAUUUGGGUUUUCUUUGUCAACUUAAGUACUAUAAUAGGCUUAUUGCAAUAAGGUCCAAGAUGCAUAGCAUAUGUAGUGAUAUGCUCUGAUAGACCAAAACAUAUGCAGAUAGCCAGCCUAAUUGCUGUAUGUAUGUGUGUACUUUCAAGCUUUCUUAUGCAAGUACCUUGAUAUUUCGUGCAUGUUCUUGUAGAGGUGGGAUGUUAAGUAUUGUAUUCUGUGCAUUGAUUCUGCUUAAUUGCUGUAUUCAAAACACCUUUCUUACU